GCAGUGAUCAUAGAGGUAAAAAUUCUACCUCCAUGGCAGUGGUCUCCAAAAUAUAGAGAACACUAUCUAUGGGUCAAGUAUUCGAACAUCCUUGGAAGUGUUGCAAAAACAUCUCUGCUGUGUUUUGUACACAAUACACUGUCGAAAGAGCAUGUUUAACGUUAGACUGUUGUUGACUUGUCGUAAAGUGUGUUCUGAUUGUAGUUCUGUUGGGGCAGGAUGGAGGAAGCAGAGGAGGAAAAUACAAGGCUGGCCAUCAGAGAGGAACUUGCAUCUAUGAGUUUUGAAGAAAUCCUAAAACUGAAGGAAGAGCUAGGCGCUAAAGUGUACAGUGAAGCUGUGUUUGGUGCCAAACGUGUCCCUAAAACUGACUUCAAAAGAGCUAAUAAAAACAGGCCACGUGAAAUGUCAUCCAAGAUACCAGUUCACAAUACAAAAAAGUUGAGAAAUAAUGUGGGAAGGGAUCCCAGGUUUGAUCCACUAUGUGGUACUUUUAAUGAUGAGACUUUCAAAAAUGCGUAUUCAUUUGUUAAUGAAAUUCGUGACAAAGAGAAAGAACAACUUAAAAAUGAGCUGGAAAAGGAGACAAAUACUGCCAAGAAGGAGAAGAUCAAGUACAUUUUACAAAGAAUGGAAAAUCAAGAUAGAGAAGAGCGACGACACAAAGAGAAGUUAGAAAAACUUAAAUUGGAACGACAAGAACAGAUUGAAAUGCUGAAGCAGGGUAAAAAGCCGUGGUUUAAAAAGAAAUCUGAAAAAAGAGUACUCCAGUUAGUGGACCAGUAUGAAGAACUGAAGAAAAAAGGCAAGUUGCAGAAACAUAUUGAGAAACAGAGAAAGAAGUCGGCUCACGUUGCACGAAAGAAACUUCCAGACCUCAGUAAUGCUUCACAUUGAAAUUUUGGCAGCAGAUCCCAGAUAUUUGUUUUGCAAACAAACUGCGGCAUUGUCCUCCAUUUUAAGUAUAAGUUUGGAAAUUUUUAUGAAACACUCUGUUGUUUAAGAAAUAUUGUAGCAGCUGAGUCAACAUAUGUGAAUCAAAAUAGUAUCACAUUUUUGUAAUAUCAGAGAUUGGGUCAUCAGCUAAAAUAUGUAAAAAGGCAUGGCAUAAUGCAUAAAAACUGCCAUACUCAUGUCCUGAUUGGUACAGUUUGUAUAAUUAAAUAUUAUUAAUUAAUUGAAAAGAAUUCACUACAUGAAUUUUCAAAGUAGUCAAUGAAUUCAUGCUAAUAAAGGUCGAUACAUAUAAAAUCAAAAGUUUAUGAAUAUUUGCACGAUUUUAAUGAGGCAAAUUUAGUGGCUAGUAUACACUAGGGAGGAAUUCUGUAAAUACACUCCUGGAAAAUGAAAAAAGAACACCAUGAAUCUGUCGAUCCAGCAAAUGGAAAUUUUAUUGACAUACGCUUGGGGACAUAUACAACAUACAAUCACAAAGUCAGGAGGAAAGUCAACAGAGUGCACGCAAUGUCGGCGCUAAUACUGUGUAUACCCUCCUUUUGCAGGAAUACAGGCCAUUUCUCCAAUGAAGGUGAUCAUAGAGGUGACGACUGUAGUCUUGAGGAAUGGCCUGCCAUGCAGUGUCCACCUGGUGCCUCAGCUGGGCCAGAUUCUGUGCCGGUUGUGCACACCGCGCAAGAUGACGUUUCAUCCGAUCCCAAACAUGCUCAAUGGGGGACAGAUCUGGGGAUCAUGUUGGCCAGGGCAGUUGGGGUACACCUUGAAGAGGAUGUUGGGUUGCACGGGAGACAUGUGGAUAUGCAUUGUCGUGUGGGAAAAACAUGUCACCUUGCUGGUGCACGAACUGUAGCAAGACCGGUUGAAUAAUGGUUUCAGUGUACUGUUCACUGUUCAAUAUUCCUUCUACCGUCACCAGUGAAGAACGGUCAGUGUAGGCUAUGGCUCCCCACACCAUGUUGGUCCAGAUGUUGGUCCUGUGUGUCUCUGUUGUCAGAUUUUGGCGCUCCCCUGCACGACGCCACACACACGUUAGACUUUCAUUGGCACCAAGGCAGAAGCGACUCUCAUCACUGACGAUGACAUGUCUCCAUUUGUCAUUCCCUUAAUGCCUAUUGUGAUAUGACUGGAGGUGGGCUGAGUGAUGUUGGGGCAUGAGCGGAAGAUACCAUAACGGCAUGUGGGAUCAUAGCCCUGCUUCACGCGUCUUGAUGAUACCCCCUUGAGCAGCAGAGUCCUUAAUUUGUUGUGAAGUGAUGGUGCUGUCCUGUACGGCACUUCGUAAGAUGCGAUGGUCAUGGCAUGGCGUGCAUCUGUGUGUCGCCACUGUCUGGGCCCAGGUCGACGGGUAUAUGCACCUUCUGCUGACCACUGGUGACAACAUCGAUGCACUGUGGAGAUCUCUCGCCCCAUGUGCUGUGCAAUUUUGCGGUAUGUCCAUCCGCCCUCCUGCAGGCCCACUAUAUGCCCUCACUCAAACUCUGUCAGUUGCAUAACAUGCUGUUGCGGCAUGCUGACAAUGUUGAAGACACACAAGGAGGCCCAUAUACCAGAGCAAACUGGCUGCCAUUGGCUCUGAUGGUGAACAACUGCUGAGUAGCUUGCAACAUUCCAUGACUGAUAAUGCAGUUCCUGGUGUGUCUGCAAUGUGGCGCAUUUGGUCAUCAUGUGCACUGCCCUCUCAUAGUGUCUCGCGCAAGUAUAACAGGUCUUAUUCACUUGCGUCAAUGUGUUGCUUUUUCAUUUUCCAGGAGAGCAUAAAUGCAAUGUACACUUGAAAAAUAGUAUUAAUCACAUGUAUAAUGCACAAAGAUAACAUAAAAUAUGUGUACUGACAUGUUAUAUAACAUAUGUACUUGCCUAUACAUAAUUUGUAUUGAUAAAUUUUAAGUAUGUGUAAAAAGCUUUAUUAAUAAUGUUCCUCACGGAUACUUCUUAAGGAUGUUGACAAAUGAUUAUAAAGCGUGAUACCUGAAACUGUCAUGUUUCCUUACUAUCAAUAGUGUGCUUUGCAAAUUUUAUUUGAGUUGUUAUAUUGUAUGCAAUUGUUAUGCAUUACAUAUACCUAAAAAUACAGGAUUAAGUUACUAAGAAAGUGA